AUGGAGGCGCUUCAGGUCGGGCUGUCGAUAGCCCGCUCGAAGUUGUCCGAGCGUCUGCAGCACUGGCACGACAAGCUGAGCGCCAAGCUGCCGCGGCGGCUCACCCGAGAUCUACUGCUCGGCCUCGUCCUCGGCAUCGCGCUCUCGCUGACGUCUACGCGCGUCGCGAUGCUGAUCCAGAACUGGCGCCAGCGGCGGGCGAAGCAGCGCGCGAUCCAGCGCAUGCCCCCGCGUCCCAUUCAGGUACGCUCGGACGAGAUUGUCGCCGGCGUUCCCGGCUUGAUCGGGAACACGCCGCUCGUACGUAUCGGCAGUCUGUCGAAUGCGCUCGGCGUCGAGAUUCUCGGCAAGUGCGAGUUCCUCAACCCGGGAGGAAGCGUCAAGGACCGCGUUGCGCUCAAGAUGAUCGAGGACGCUGAGGCGCGCGGCCUCCUGCGCCCGCAUACAGGCAGCGUGCUCUUCGAGGGCACUGUGGGCUCGACCGGCAUCAGCCUCGCAACAGUGGGCAAGGCGAAGGGGUACGGCGCACACAUCUGCAUGCCCUCCGACGUGGCUAGUGACAAGGUCGACGUACUCGAGCGCCUGGGCGCCGAGGUCGAGCGCGUGCCGCCCGUCAGUAUUGUGGACCAGAACCAGUUUGUGAACCUCGCCAAACGCCGCGCGCACGAGUUUGGCGGCACCGAUCUCGACACACACGGCACGCCCGGCGUGCUCGUCUCCUCGCAAGCGACCGAUGAGGACGUGCACGGCCCCGACUCCAGGCUGCACAGGCACAACGUCGACUCGAAGCCUAGGGGCUUCUUCGCGGACCAGUUUGAGAACGAGUCCAACUUCCAGGCCCACUAUAAGGGCACGGGGCCCGAGAUUGCGCGCCAGACCGGAGGACACGUUGACGCCUUUGUCUCUGGCGCCGGUACGGGUGGCACGCUCGCCGGCACGGGGCGGUAUCUGAAGAAGGAGUGCCCGAACGUCAAGGUCGUCCUUGCCGAUCCGGAGGGGAGCGGGCUCUUCAACAAGGUCAAGUACGGCGUCAUGUACGCCCCGCAGGAGAGCGAGGGCACGAAGCGGCGCUACCAGGUCGACACGGUCGUGGAGGGUAUUGGGAUCAACCGCAUCACGCGCAACUUCAUGGCCGGCGAGGGUAUCGUCGACGAUGCGUUCAGGGUCACGGACGAAGAAGCCGUCGCCAUGUCGCGCUACCUCGUCGAGCACGACGGCUUGUUCCUCGGCUCGUCGAGCGCGUGCAACCUCGUUGCGGCCGUCAGGCUCGCCAAGACGAUGCCCAAGGGCAGCCGGAUCGUGACGAUUCUGUGCGACUCGGGCGCCCGCCACCAGACCAAGUUCUGGUCGGACAAGUACCUGAAGGACCACGAUAUCAAGAUUGACCCGAGCAUUAUUGAUAGGCUGCUCGCUGAGAAGCCGAGGAGGAGGAGCAGCGCGGCCAAGAAGACGCUGACGGUUAACCAUUAG